AUGUCGCUAAAGAACCUUCAACACGACCACGACGACGAGUCGGACUGGGUUUCAUGCAGUGAUAGCUCACAUCACAGUGUUAUCAUCUCCAGUGACUGCAAGAACAUGAAGAAAGGUUCGACAUCAAUCUCGACGCCGAAAAGAAGAUCGUGGUUGCCCUCAUUCUCACUUCGCCGUGGUGAUUCUGACGGUGAUCAUGAUAUCUCUCAGACGACAGACUCGGAUGGUGAUGAGGCUGAUGCCGAUCUCUCCACGCCUAAAAGUCGGGCUCCUUCUUGGCUCUCCAGGCACUGGCUUGGAGGCGGGGAGGCCCGUAAAUCACCUUCGAUGGCCCCGGAACCUUCUGACCAAGCGUCCGAGACGCCCCUGGUUCCUGGCUUAAAUCGACUGUUCCAGAGUUUGUCUCGGCGCAGCCAAUUGCCUCGCAGCCCUCGCACCAAUUCCAACUCCACUGCAUCUGAACUCGUUCACCCUUUUUCUCAUGGCUCUGCCCGCAGUCACCGCACGUCAAUUGUAACCGGUUCAACACCUGGCCAACAACUUCCAGACAAUAAUGUCGGCCGCGUCGACAAGGAGGUGGAGGUUGCAGAACAAACUCGAUUUCAGCCUCUGUCCGCGACAAUUCUGAACUCCUCUCCGCCCACUCCUUGUCCCACAUCGGGUAUCCCAAUCAUGGAUUUCGACAAUCCCUCCCGAAGUCCAAAUCUCGCCGAUCUCUUGACUGGCCUGUCAAGUUCUGAAGAUGCCACCCGAAAAAUGGCAGCCUUCAAGCUGCAGUCGCUCACCAAUGAUCCUUCUUUCGCUGAACAUUUUGUCCUCUCUGGGGGUCUUCCCCGCCUGCGCGCACUGAUCCUCGAAACCAGCGGGAACACUUUGGCAUACAGUCUUGCCAGCUUCGCGCGACUACUCGAGGUGGAUCAAGGAUGGGAGGCCGUCAAUAAUAAGGUGGUGGAAAAGGUGGUAGAGUUGGUGGUUUGUCAACCAUUGGUCAAUAUUCUCAGAGGCGCGAUGGCCAUCCUCGUGUCUAUCGUUUCCCGACCCUAUCAUGCCGACAGAUCCUCACAGAUCAAUACAUCGAACAGUGCUGGUGGAUUUCAAGCCUUGAAACCAGCAAUCUUAUUAUAUCCGCAGUUUCUUGAGAUGCUCGUGACGAGAUUGUCAUCAGCUGAUCAUGCAUUAUGCGCAAACGCACUACAGUUGAUCAAUUCCCUGAUGCGAGAUGCCAUCACAAACGACAAUGAGACCGAGUGGCCAAAAUUCAUCAAGCGCAUCCAGGAUCUCGGAGUUAUAAAGGCAGUAUAUGUUCUGAUGCAAAGCUCGGCGUUACAAGACUUAGCGCACCCUUUGCUUGAAUUUCAGGCUCUUACCAAGGUUCUCCUGAAGCGAUGGAAAGAUGUUCCGGUAGAUCUAGUCAAACCAGAACAUCGACGGACGAUCAAAGCCGUCCAUCUUUCCAGCAAUCCAGAGAAACACGGAGAGGGUGAGAACGGAAAUGACUCAAAAUCCAAACACAACCCUCAAAAGUGGCGACGGAUAGGCUUUUCGUCUGAAAACCCCGAGCCUGACUUUGUUGAUAUGGGCUUCUUAGGUAUGAUGGACCUAUCCGAUUACGUUCGCAAGCAUCAGGAUGAGUUUCAGAACAUCUUGCUUGAACAGUCCGUAUCCCCAGAACAAAAAGCAUGCCCUCUCGCCCGAGCGAGUUUGACCAUGACUGCAAUUCUAUUUGAGCAUUUUGAAGUGGAAAAGAUGGAACUAGAGGAUUCAAAGAGUUAUCUCGCUCUCGAGAGUCGGACCAACUUUGAUAAAGUCUUCAAACCACUCUUGUUACACUGGAGCCGGCUCCAUGUAGCAGGGCUUCAUGCCUUUUUCAGACUCUGGAAAGCCACAGGGGCGGAAACAGACGACUUUCCCAAGAUUGUCGAGCUGGUACGUAUCUUAAUCGAAAGUGUGGUGGGAAGUGCGGACCGAACAAAGGGCAUCGACGAAAUAGAGAAAGAGCUGGUGGCUUUUGAGUAUAGUAAGCUGAGAGAGUUGCAAAUGGAACUCCUUGAACUCACUUACGAGGAUGUCUGGGGUCAACACCUCCACGGAGUAAAGGAUGAGUUGAACACAGAGGCCCUACAAUUCGUCAAGGAGCAACGGAUUCGUUGUCUGCUUGCCGGAGCCUGGUUUCCCACAGGCUUUACAUAUGCAGAUCAGGAAUCUGGUGGCGCCGUUACCGAAAACUCUCUUUUGCAUAACGCGCACAACCGUUACCGCUUUCUUCGGCUCUCGGACAACAGAAGAUAUUUGCAUUGGGGUGACUUUGACGAAAAAGAAGAGUCCUCGCCCUCGAUAUCCAGUUUACGAGAUAAGAUUGAUCUCUCGAUCGUCUCGUCUGUCGUGUCUAAUGUUACUGCCACUGAUCGCUCAUCCACUAGCUCGGAUUCGACGCUCAAAGAUUUGACAAAUGACAAGUUCACCACCAACAAAAUCACCAUUCAUGGGCAUUUGCCGAAAUCUCGAGACAGGCGUGAUGGGCAUUCACGAACUUCGUCAAAGACAUCGUCGGCGAGGAGUGCGACGAAGGAAUCGGUAUUGCUGACAUUCCAACCUCAGAGUCAUGGAUCAGCCUCGGAAUGGUUGGAUGGUCUCCUUAUGCUCCUUGAUCAGCAGCCUAUCACUGCUGAAACCAACAGAUUGAUCAAUAUGAUCAGUGACUAUGGACUGAAGGUGAGAUUAUUGAAUGUUCGUUUCAAUGACGAGGAAGGCAUUGUCGAGGGCAUGGACGGAAUAGAUGGACCGCAAAUACCAAGCAGAGAAGGCCUGGACGAUGACUACUACUAUGAAAUUUGA